AUGGCUGUUAUUGUUGUAUUUAUUGCUCCGAUUUGGACUUGUGAUGGCAUGACUAAGUGUCUACGAGGGACGAGACUGAACUAUGAUAAGAAACCGAAAUUUGUGAACCGAACUUGUGUUAAGGUCGAGAUGAGGACAUCGUCCCAUUACUACCGGGAGCUGAUCACUAUGAGUAGCAGAAGUUGUUGGGCAUUUUCAACAAUAGCUGCCAUUGAAAGGAUCACUCAACUCACAACUGGUAAGUUGAUCUCACUAUUCGAGCAAGAGCUGGUGGACUGUGACAGGAGUGGUAAAGAUGCAGGCUGUGAGGGUGGUUAUAUGGAGGGUGGCUUUGCAUUUAUUGUGCAAAACAAAGGCAUUGCCACUGAAACAAUUUAUCCAUGCUCAACAAAUGAUGGAACUUGCAACACUAAGAAGGAAGCUUCCCAUGCAGCAAAGAUUAGUGGCUAUGAAAAUGUGUCUGCCAACAGUGAGAGUGCACUAUUGAAGGCUGUGGCUAACCUACCCAUUUCAGUUUCUAUUGAUGUUGUUGGAGCUUUCUUCCAGUUUUACUCGAGCGAGAUUUUCACAGGAGAUUGUGGGACUGAUCUGGACCAUGGUGUCACUGUAGUUGGAUAUGGGACAACCACUGAUGGUACCAAGUAUUGGUUAGUCAAGAAUUCAUGGGGUACUAGCUGGGUUGAGGAGGGAUACAUUAGAAUGCAAAGAGACAUUGCUGCUAAGGAAGGCCUCUGUGGCAUUGCCAUGGAUUCUUCCUAUCCUACUACUUAG